CCCCGGCCCAGUUGGAGGCUGAACUGGUGCGACUGGAGGAGGAACGGGAGAAGCUGCUGACACAGGAGCGCCACCUGCUGGAGGCCGAGGAGCAGCUGGGCCCCGAAGCCCAUGUGGCCAGGCGAUUGGUGGAGCAGGCGGAGGCGGGGGCGCGGCGGCGGCUGGAGGCGGAGCUGGGGCGGCAGCAGGUGGGGCUGCGCCGCCGGGAGAGCCGCCGCCGCCAUUUUGACCUCCCCACCCGGAAGCGGAAGUAGCCUCGGCCUUGCCACUUCCGGCUUCUUCCUGGCUGGGGGCUGCGGCCGCGACAAAGGGGCGAUGGACAGCGAGUUCUCGGACGCGGAGGCGGGCCCGGGGGGGGAGGAGAACGCUCCGGUUUAUUGCGUGUGUCGCAAACCCGACAUCAACUGCUUCAUGAUCGGGUGCGACAACUGCAACGAGUGGUUCCACGGUGACUGCAUCAACAUCACCGAGAAGAUGGCCAAGGCCAUCCGGGAGUGGUACUGCCUCCAGUGCCGCGAGAAGGAUCCCACCCUGGAAAUCCGGUACCGGCACAAGAAAUGGCGGGAGAAGGAACGGGAACACGAGAGCGCCAAAGCCCAGGAGCUGGCGCUGGAACAAGGCCGGGCCGCCAAGAUCAAGCGCUCGGCACGCAUGUGCGGGGAGUGCGAGGCGUGCCGGCGGCCGGAGGACUGCGGCCAGUGCGACUUCUGCCGCGACAUGAAGAAGUUCGGGGGCCCCAACAAGAUCCGCCAGAAGUGCCGGCUGCGGCAGUGCCAGCUGCGCGCCCGCGAGUCCUACAAGUACUUCCCCACCUCGCUGGCGCGGGGGCGCGAGGGGGAGCUGGAGCUGCUGAAGGAGCAGCUGGGGGCGGCGGCGGGGGGGGCCCCCGAGAACCUCUCGGACGAGGAGCUGCCGCUCGACCCCCGGCUCUACCAGGAGCUCUGCGCCGGCGCCUUCGACGAGCACGGCCUGCCGUGGCUCAGCGACCCCGAGGACGCCCCUUUCCUCGACCCCGUCCUGCGCAAACGCGCCGUCAAGGUCAAACACGUCAAGCGCCGGGAGAAGAAAUCCGACAAAAAGAAGGAGGAGCGCUACAAGCGGCACCGGCAGAAGCCGCGGCACCGGGAGCGGAGCCGGCACCCGGAGCGCCCGGACGCCCGCGACCCCGCCGGGCUGGGCCAGUGCCUGGGGCCCGGCUGCACCCGCCCCGCGCGGCCCCCCUCCAAGUACUGCAGCGAGGCCUGCGGCGUAGCUGGCCGCCAAGUGAGUGCAGACCAGUACGGACCAGUACAGACCAGUACAGACCAGGUGGAUUCCUGCACCAGAUCCCAGACCGGAUCCCGGGGAUCCCGGGCUGCUGGGACACCAGGGAACCCCCAGGACGCCUCCAUUGACCAUGUUCCCCCCCAUCCCAUCUAUGGAUCUAUGAGAUCCUUCCAUGGUGGAUCCCAGGGUGGAUCCCAGACCGGAUCCCGGGGAUCCCAGACUGCUGGGACACCAGGGAACCCCCAGGACGCCUCCAUUGACCCCGUUCCCCCCCAUCCCAUCUACACCAUCCAUCCGCAGUGGAUCCCAGUUGGAUCCCGCACCGGAUCCCGGGGAUCCCGGGCUGCUGGGACACCAGGGAACCCCCAGGACGCCUCCAUUGACCCCGUCCCCCCCCAUCCCACCUAUGGAUCUAUGAGAUCCUUCCAUGGUGGAUCCCAGGGUGGGAUCCCAGACUGGAUCCCAGACCAGAUCCCGGGGAUCCCGGGCUGCUGGGACACCAGGGAACCCCCAGGACGCCUCCAUUGA